AUGGCCCGUCUCUUCAGCAUCAUCCUCGCUCUCACCGCCGCCCUCGGUGUCCUCGCGACGCCCAUCGCCGAGCCCGCGGCGACGGUCGACGAGUCCGCGAGCUUCGACAACGCGACGAUGGUCUCCUUCGACAAGCGCUCCCUUGGGAACACCCAGGGCACCAACAACGGCUACUUCUACACUGUCUACUCCGACUCGGGCGUCACCGGAAGCUACAGCAACGGCGGCGGCGGCUCCUACUCCGUCAACUGGGGCGGUAGCGGCGACAUGGUCGUCGGCAAGGGCUGGAACCCCGGCUCCGCUCGCACGAUCAACUACAGCGGCUCGUUCAAGCCGAACGGGAACGGGUACCUCUCCGUGUACGGCUGGUCGACGAGCCCCCUGAUCGAGUACUACAUCGUCGAGUCGUACGGGACGUACAACCCCAGCACGGGCGCGACCUACAAGGGCACCGUGAACAGCGACGGCGGCACGUACAACAUCUACACCGCGCAGCGCGUCAACGCACCGUCCAUCCAGGGCACGCAGACGUUCACCCAGUUUUGGUCCGUCCGGACGAGCAAGCGCGUCGGCGGCACGGUCACGACCGCCAACCACUUCAACGCGUGGAAGAAGCUCGGGAUGUCGCUCGGGACGUUCAACUACCAGAUCCUCGCCACCGAGGGCUACUCCUCGACCGGCUCCGCGAGCAUCACCGUCUCCUAA